UCGCCGUCAAACGGGCUGACCGCAACUUCAUCCGGCGGUUAGAGCCCCUGAUACCCAUCCUUGUGCGAAUUGGGUGCUGGUUUUCCCAACGCAGAUCUCUUUUCAAUUCUUUCCUUUAUUCUACUGCAGGGCAAGCAUCAUUUCUCGGGAACCCCCCCCAACGAACCAUUUAGCCCACCAUGUUCUGGCGAUUCGGCGGUUAUGCGAAUAUUUCAACCAUCGACACCAUCCUCGAUAAACCGGAUGUGUCUCUAGAAGAGCUCCUGGACGAGUCGGAUUUGAUUCAGGAACUCAAGCAGAACAAUUCCAAGCUCAUUGAGUAUCUCCGCGAGGAAGACAUCCUUCGGCGCCUGCUACAAUAUGUUAUCGCGCCAAAGCUCGACGAAGAUGCGACCGAGGGCUCCGCAAUUGAUGAUUCUACAGACCAGGACCCCGUUAUAGACCCAGAAUGGCACCUGAAAGAGGAGAAGGCCAAAGUCUCCCGUCGACGUAUGACCGACGAAGAGCGGGAUCGGCAGGAAAAGACACGGCUCAAGUACGCUUACGUCGCUUGUGAGAUCUUAUCGUCUGAGACAUGGUCCAUUCUCGAGGCGCUGAUGGAAUAUCAACACCAUCUGCGCGACUUUUGGACAUAUCUGAAGCGUCCCGCUCCGCUAGACCCUCUACAAGCGGGCUAUUUCACAAAAGUCAAUGAGACUCUCCUUGAUAAGAAGACGGAGGAGAUGCUGGAGUUCUUCAAAUCCGUGGAUAACGUUGUCCCGGACAUGCUGAAACAUGUCGAUUGCCCCAUGAUCAUGGAUCUCUUGCUCAAGAUCAUCAGCCUUGAGAAGGCUGAAGGUGGCCAAGGCAUUGUCAACUGGCUCCAAUCGCAAGAUAUUGUGCCUAUUCUGCUGUCCUGUCUUGCACCGGGGAAUUCCACCUCCACGCAAACCUCUGCAGGCGACUUCAUCAAGGCUGUUAUUACCAUUUCCGCCAACGCUUCUCAAAACGAACAAUCGUGCAUCGGACCCAAUAACUUGACGCGCCAGCUGGUUUCGGAGCCGUGCAUCUCGAAAUUGAUCUCUGAUAUGCUGUCUGGCGGUAACUCGCUCACUGUUGGCGUUGGAAUUGUGAUUGAAGUCAUUCGCAAGAACAAUUCUGAUUACGACCCAGAGAUUGGCACGGGCCCGGAUGCGAUACCGUCGAGCCGUGACCCCAUCUACCUUGGGACACUAUUGCGGGCUUUCGCCAAGCAUGUUCCAGAUUUCAUGAAUCUCAUCCUGAACCCUGAUGGAAGCGCCGACCCGGCGAAGCCUGGGGCUAAGAGACAGCUCAAUGUGGCUUUUGGCGGCUCGAUCGAACCGCUGGGUUUUGAUCGGUUCAAGACCUGUGAGCUCAUGGCCGAGCUCCUUCACUGUAGUAACAUGGCGUUACUUAACGAAUGUGGAAGUGAUGCCUUUAUGAAGGCAAGAGACGCUGAGCGGGAGCGGCUAAAGGCUGACGGCAGGUUAGAUCUUUUUGGAGAGGAUCAUCCAGGAGGCGAUUUUGAACAUGAUGCAAGCUAUGCCAACGGUGCGUCUCCGUCGAGACGUAGCUCUGAAUCACCAGAGGAGAUCCGAAAGCUGGAGGUCCAGAAUGGGGGAGAAGAAGACGGCUUUGAAGAUGUUGCCGUCUCUGGUGUGCUCAACGAGGACGGUAGCAAGGACAAUGAGAAAGCAGAGGCCGGUCAUGACUCUCGGGACUCUGAUGAUCCUUUUGCCGAUCGCGAAACUGAUGACGAUGAUGCCAACGACUUUGUCGACGAACCACUUUCCUCUCCGCGAUUGAAUCCCCGAGCUAGUUUGAAGAUCUCCGAUGACGAGUUGUCGUCUCUAGUUUCGCCUGAACCGACAGAUCAUGAUCCCCUCUCUCCCACCUCUGCUGGGAUUACUGGCCGGGUAGGCGAGCUCGGCCUUCAGCACGACGCAACGAUGACCAGCCCUCCCCCUGGCUCCGCGGACGAAGAGCAAGCAGGCUCGGCACCAAAACCCGUACCUGUACCUGUUCAGACGAACUCGCCGGUAAAAGAACACCCAGAAAUUAUUGGGGGAGCACCGGAUGACCGGCCUGCACCGUUGUUUGCAAACAGGGCGACUCUGCCUGAGAACUUGCAGGCUUCGCCGGAAGAGAGCGGCGACGGUGUCGCCGAGGGUUAUGCUGGGGCUGCAUCUCAUGAAGGCGACACUAGCAUCAGAUCGGGCUCUAUGAGCGGAGAAGAGGCACGAUACGGUCCGGAGAGCACUGAAUUACAUAUUGAGCUUGAGGAGGAUGGAUCGCCAGUGGUGGGCGACUAUUUGAAGAUGAUGUUCAUCCAGCACAAAGUCGUGCCGACAAUUAUUGAUUUCUUUUUCCGCUUCCCAUGGAACAACUUUCUCCAUAAUGUCGUGUACGACGUUGUCCAACAAGUUUUCAACGGCCCCAUGAACAGAGGUCGUAAUCGAAACCUUGCAUUCGACCUCUUUGAUACUGGUCGGAUAACGGAAAAGAUUGUCGAAGGCCAAAGGCGGAGCGACAAGGCUCAGGCCGAGACCAGUAUCCGGUUGGGAUACAUGGGGCAUUUGACCCUCAUUGCCGAGGAGGUGGUCAAGUUCACCGAGAGGCAUCCGCCUGAGAUGCUAUCACAAUCCGUGCUCGACAAAGUGAUGCACCAAGACUGGAUCACUUAUGUCGAACAGACGCUUGCGGAAACGCGGGAGCGCGACAAUGCCAUUCUGGGCGGUGUCCGACCUGACAUGUCUGUUGGUUCUCGGCAAGCAGUCAUGAACGCUGUCAGUGCAGGAUUCGGGGGUUCUUCAGCCCUGGCUAAUGCUGGUUUGAAUGGUGGUAAUGGUCUUGACAGCAUGGAGCUCAAUCAUGGCAGUACAACAAGCGGCGGGUUUAGCAUCAGCGGUGGAUCAUUGCUUAGCGGAUUUGGCAGCUCUAGUGACGAAGAAGACGAAGAAAUGGAGGAAGGCGAAGAAGAUGAUGGUGCGCACAGGGGCUCCAACGCCCCCGGCUCUGAUCAUGUGGGUGAACUUUCCUUUGAAGAUGUUGAUAUGGGUUAUAGAUGAUGACCAUGCAUGAUUGUCACGAUCAUGUUACGCCCUUUUCCUUCUUUUCUUUCUUGUGUUUACUUGCUUCUUCUUUUUCCCUUCAUGGUCCCACCAUUUCUUUUCGUUGCGGACUUUUGAUUUUUCUUUUCUUAUCUUUUGCCGCAUCUGUACAACAUACUUGAGACAUACCCGUGGCAUCGUAUCAUAUCUUCAACACCAUCAGCAGCUUCAGCGGCAGCGGUGGAAGCAAAGCAUACAUUCUAUGCACGCUCGGCGUCAUCAGCAUCAUUAACAAGAUU